AGCUCUACUGCAGUAGCACUAACGUUAACGGAGAUGCCGGCACUUCGCUAGGCUUGCUUCGCUCGACGUGAUACGGCACAUGGCUGGUCUCAAUGUGAUACCGGUCUCCAUCUUUGCUCCAUAUGGCCUCAAAGCUGCCCAAGUGUGGCACGGAUUCGAUCCUUCAAUCAUCGGCGUGUAUUAUCCGAUCAGGCUAUUACCAUGUGGAUGCUUGCGACCGUGCACGUGGGAUGCUAGUAACGUCGUGAUGGCUACGAACCACGAUGGGGCUUUCGCAGGGUGCUGUUUCUCUCCGCGCACGGGACAAAGUCCGACACGCUCGUGCGACGCGCAGAGUUGUCAAGACCUUUGUUUCACAACAUACUAAGGCAGGGUCACUCGUGCAGUGAACAACUAACAAUGUCUUCCUCAACUUACAUUGUGGAGCUUAUCCAGCAAGUCGCCACAGCAGCAAGCGACCUGAGCGAGGGAGGUCGUGCAGCGCUCAAUCAUGCCGCUCGAAAGCUUGCACAGGCGACAGCAGACCCUGAAGAGGAAGCUCUGCGAUUCGCCUUACAGCCGCUAUCGCAGGCCUCUCUAUGCGCUGCGAACAAGUGUGGUCUCCUAAAAGCAUGGGAGGGUUGCAAGACCUCCUCGCAGCUGGCCUCCGAGACUGGAGUCAACGAACGACUUGUGGCUCGGUUGAUGCGAGCUCUCGUCACCUAUGGCAUCUUCUCUGAAGCCGGCGAGGAGACGUAUGAGCAUAAUGUGCUGUCCCACGCAUUAUCCAUCUACCCUCUCAACCGUAACCUUAUGCCCAUGGCGCAGCGAGUAUUACCCGGCAUUGCGAGGUUGCCUGACUAUCUCGAGUCUAUAUCAUACCGUAAUCCGGGAGAUGACCCUUCAGACAAGACCAUGUUCUCGUUCGCGAACAAUACAGAUAUGGAACAUUUCCAGUGGUUACAGCAACGACCUGCACAGUUGAAAGCGUUCAAUGAGUCCAUGGCCGCUACCAUUGCCGUGGAACGAGCCUACUACAAGAAGGGAUUUGCGGACUUGUUCCCAUUCGAGCAGGAGCUUGGUGGCUCGGCUGAAGUUGAUGAGGUAGUGCUUGUCGACUGCGGUGGUGGUUACGGCCAUGUACUCGACGACAUUCGAAAACACAUCCCAACGUUGACCGGUCGCAUGGCGUUGGAAGACUUACCCAAAACCGUAGAAAAUGCCAUGAAGCUCGAAAACGUGGAUAUCGUGCCAUACAACUUCUUCACCACCGAGCAGCCGAUCAAAGGCGCUCGAGCGUACAUGUUCCGACAUGUUCUCGACGACUGGUCUGAUAGCCAGUGCGCCACCAUCCUGCGCAACACCAUCCCUGCAAUGGAACGUGGCAAGUCGCGCAUACUUCUUGUAGAAGUGGUGCUGCCACCAACAAAUGCUUCCUUGUACGGUGUCAUGAUGGACAUCAACCUCAUGCGUUACUUCGGCUCGAUCCGUACGGAAUCCCAGUGGCGGGAGUUGCUUGGAUCUGUUGGACUGUCCAUACGCAAGAUAUGGCCGCCAGCGCGACAUGAUAGUGUCAUUGAAGCUGUGCCGACGGCCUGGUUGGAUGACGGCGACGGAGCAGAGGAUAAAUAGAUGUUGUACAAUGUUGAGAAGGGAGGGUAUAUGUCCCAAAUCAUAAAGCUUACCGGUACACUACGGCCACUUGGCCAGCUCACAUGUCCACUUCACCAGCGGUGCUGCUCCUACGCAUACCGCUUUGUGUGUGCGUCCAUCGCCGCAGAUUUAUAUGACAGCAAAGUCUUCUGGCGCGUCCAUCAAUCCUAGCGUCCGUUCAUGCUCGUGGGCACUCAUCAUUGCUUUGGGUCAUCCACGCAUCAGUUAUCCUCGCCUCCGCUAGCCGGCUAGAAGCCAAAUGAACGGUGAAAAAGAUGCUGCACAGGCGCUCUUGGCCCAAUUGACCUGUGAAAGGGCAGAGGGUCCAUCGAUGACACCACAUACAGGUGGACUCGAAUGUCCAUCAGGCUAGAGACACAUGAUCCGAAGCGGGAGAAAGCUAGGGACACGUGGUCCGAAGCGGGAGGGAAAGCUAGAGACACAUGGUCCGAAGCGGGUGUUGCUACUAUGUUAGAGAG